CGCAUUUAUAUGUAAACAAGUUCAGCAUCAUGGCCACGUUGUUGAGCAGGGAUGUGCAAGAUAUAGAGAACAUAUUGGCUCUCAAUCCUAAAAUUCAUCAAAAUGCCAAUCUGGUUCCAAGUGCUUCCACCAAGAAGAACAAACAACACUGGAAAAGGAACCAGGAAAAAGGAUGUAAUAGUUGUGAAACAAAGGAGAAGAACUUUGAAGAUAUAAAACAUACAACAUUGAGUGAAAGAGGUGCAUUAAAAGAAGCAUCUAGAUGUUUGAAAUGUGCUGAUGCACCAUGUCAGAAGAGCUGCCCAACUCAGCUUGAUGUCAAGGCUUUCAUUACUAGUAUUUCUAACAAGAAUUAUUAUGGAUCUGCUAAAUACAUAUUUUCUGACAACCCUCUGGGAUUGACUUGUGGUAUGGUAUGUCCUACAUCUGACCUUUGUGUAGGAGGAUGUAAUUUAUAUGCCUCAGAAGAAGGUCCCAUAAACAUUGGUGGACUACAACAGUUUGCUACAGAGGUGUUUAAGCAGAUGAAAAUACCUCAGAUAAGAGAUCCAUCAUUACCUCCUGUUGACCAACUUCCUGAGAGUUAUCAGGCUAAGAUAGCUUUGAUUGGUUGUGGACCAGCAAGUAUUAGCUGUGCUACCUUCCUAGCCAGACUUGGGUACACCAACCUGACUAUUUUUGAGAAACAAGAAUAUAUAGGUGGACUAAGCUCUUCAGAAAUUCCACAGUAUAGAUUGCCAUACAGUGUUGUUGACUUUGAAGUCCAAUUGAUGAAAGAUUUGGGAGUUAAGAUUGUGAAUGGUAAAGCAUUGGACAAAAAUGAUAUAACCAUACAGAAGUUAAAAAAUGAUGGUUAUGAAGCUGUUUUCCUUGGCAUAGGUUUACCGGAUCCAAAGAAGAUACCUAUAUUUGAAGGCCUAACAGAGGAUAUGGGAUUCUACACAUCAAAAGACUAUUUACCAAAGGUUACAUCAAGUAGCAAAGCAGGGAUGUGUGCUUGUAAAUCACAGCUUCCUCAGAUGUAUGGAAAAGUAAUAGUUCUAGGAGCAGGAGAUACAGCCUUUGACUGUGCUACUUCAGCCCUGAGAUGUGGAGCUAAGAGAGUGUAUGUUGUCUUUAGGAAAGGCUUUACUAAUAUCAGGGCUGUUCCUGAAGAGAUGGAACUUGCCCGGGAAGAAAAGUGUGAAUUCUUGCCUUUCAUGUCCCCAAAGAAGGUCAUGUCUAAAAAUGGUAAAGUAUCUGGCAUGGAGUUUGUAAGAACAGAACUAGACGAUGAUGGUAAUUGGGUAGAAGAUGAAGAGGAGAUUAUCAGGAUUAAGGCAGAUUAUAUUAUAUCUGCAUUUGGAUCAGGAUUAACUGAUUCUAAAGUUGUUGAAGCUAUGAAACCAGUUAAGUUGAACAGAUGGGGCUUACCAGAAGUGAACAAUGAAACCAUGCAGUGCAGUGAACCAUGGAUAUUCUGUGGAGGGGACAUUGCAGGUGUGGCACAGACAACUGUAGAAUCUGUUAAUGAUGGCAAAACAGCAUCAUGGUAUAUCCAUAAAUAUUUACAGUCACUUCAUGGAAUACCUAUACCAUCCGAGCCAAGCCUACCAACAUUCUUCACUCCUAUUGACCUUGUAGACAUCAGUGUUGAAAUGUGUGGAUUGAAAUUUCCUAAUCCAUUUGGACUAGCCAGUGCUCCACCAACUACCAGCAGUCCUAUGAUUCGUAGGGCCUUUGAAGCAGGUUGGGGAUUUGCUUUGACUAAGACUUACUCUUUAGAUAAGGACAUAGUGACCAAUGUAUCUCCCCGUAUAGUGAGGGGAACUACAUCAGGACAGAUGUUUGGACCAGGACAGGGUUCCUUUCUCAAUAUAGAGUUGAUCAGUGAGAAAACAGCAGCCUACUGGUGUAACAGUGUUACAGAACUGAAGAGGGAUUUCCCAGAAAAGAUUUUGAUUGCCAGUAUAAUGUGUAGCUACAGUAAGGAGGACUGGACACAACUAGCACAAAUGUCAGAGAAAGCUGGUGCUGAUGCUUUGGAGUUGAAUCUGUCAUGUCCUCAUGGAAUGGGAGAGAGAGGAAUGGGACUGGCUUGUGGACAGGAUCCAGAGUUAGUUCGUAAUAUAUGUAGAUGGGUCAGGGAAGCUGUGAAGAUUCCAUUCUUUGCUAAGUUGACACCAAAUGUUACCAAAAUAACUGAUAUUGCAAAGGCUGCUCAUGAAGGUCAUGCUGAUGGAGUAACAGCAACCAACACUGUAUCUGGAUUAAUGGGUUUGAAAGGUAAUGGAGCAGCAUGGCCAAGUAUUGGUAAAGAGAAGAGAACUACAUAUGGUGGUGUAUCUGGUAAUGCUAUACGACCUAUAGCUCUCCGUGCUGUGUCUGCUGUGGCCAAUGCUAUCCCAGGAUUCCCUAUUCUAGCCACAGGAGGUAUUGACUCUGCUGAGGCUGGGUUGCAGUUUCUGCAAGGAGGUGCAUCAGUGUUACAGGUGUGUAGUGCUAUUCAGAAUCAGGACUUCACCCUGAUAGAUGAUUACAUCACAGGAUUGAAGACACUUCUCUAUCUGAAGAGUAUUGAUGAGUUACAUGACUGGGAUGGACAGAGUCCUCCAACAAUCAAACACCAACUAGGAAAACCUGUACCUAAAUUAGCAGAUAUUCUAGGAAAGCACUUACCAUCCUUUGGACCAUAUAAGAAGAAGAAGCAGGCGGUAAUAGCAGACCAUUUUAAGAAAUCUGAUCUUUUGAGCGAUGAGAACAAACCAGAAUUGUUACGUCCACCACUGGAACCAAAGAAACCAGUUCUUGCUAUCAAGGAUAUAAUAGGGAAGGCCUUACCAAUGAUUGGGACUUAUGGUCAGUUGGACAACACACAACAGGUUGUGGCCUUGAUUGAUGAGGAGAUGUGCAUUAACUGUGGCAAAUGUUACAUGACAUGUAAUGAUUCAGGCUACCAGUCCAUCAAGUUUGAUCCAGAAACACAUCUUCCAACUGUUACUGAGGAUUGUACAGGAUGUACUUUGUGUUUGUCUGUCUGUCCGAUCAUCGACUGUAUCACCAUGGUCAAGAGGACAACACCCUACCUACCCAAGAGAGGAAUCCCCAUUCAGACAGGCUUCAAUCCCAUGCCAGCUGUUUUGUUGGAAACCAACUAGACUAUGUUUUAUCAGUUUAAGAUGACCAGAACUAUAUUCAUUGCAGAUGACAAUGGGUAGAGGGGAUUGUUUGUAUAUAUAAGCUAUAGGGAAAGUAUCGACUUGACAUCAUAUAAUAUAACUUUUUUUAUGCCCCCGCCGUAGCAUUGGUGGCAUUAAUUUUUACCCUUGUCCGUCUGUACAUACAUACGUACGUACAAACGUACGUCCCAAAAUUGGUUUCCAUUCUCUAACUUAAGUUUGCCUCAACCGAAUUUUAUGAAACUUAUACACAAUACUUAUUACCACAAAACACAGAUCAAGUUUGAAUUUUGGUGGCGUCACUUUAACCUUCUAGAGUUAUGCUCCUUUUGAAAUGGAAACAUUGCAAAAUUUUUAGUUUCCGUUCUCUAACUUAAGAUUGCCUCAACCAAAUGUUAUGAAACUUAUACACAAUGCUUAUUACUACAUAAUACAGAUUAUGUACGAAAUUUGGUGGCGACACUUUUACCAUUCUUGAGUUAUGUCCCUUUAUAAACAUAAAAAUUGCUGAAUUUUUCGUUUCUGUUCUCUAACUUUAGUUUGUCUCAACCAAAUGUUAUAACACUUAUACACAACUGUUCUAGAGUUAUGCGUGUUUACAAAUAAAAAAAUUGCUGAAUUUUUAGUUUCUGUUCUCUACUUAAGUUAGCCUCAACCAAAUGUUAUGAAACCUACACACAAUGCUUAUUACCACAAAACUUGGAUCAAGUUCAAAUUUGGGUAGCGUCACUUUUACCGUUCUUCAGUUAUGUCCCUUUAUAAGUAUAUGAUAUGCAAGCGGGGGCAUCAUCUGUGUCCACAUGUGGACACUAUCCACAUUUAUUUGGAUGUUAUUUCCCAAACUUAUUUUCAUAUUUUUUACCAAUACAGACACUUUCCUCAUAUUCUAUUGAUAAUCAUGCUAAAAGGUUUAUUCUUAGAUACUAUGCAAUGAAAAGAAGUAAUGUACAUUUUACUUCUUAUUCACUUCAAAAAAUUGUUGGAGGCAGCCAUAAACACUAUAACAUCAACAUGUUUUUGCCUUUUUAAUGUACUUUUCUGCUUUGAUACUUUCUCAUAUCAACAGCUGAUAAUUUCUUUCUAUAAACAUAUCAGUGUUUUAUAAUUCGCCAUUUCAGAAUCUAAUGGAUUAUGGGUCAAUUUUAUUGUUCAUACCCAAAAAUUAAAAUAGUGUAACAUGGUUGAAUUUCCAUUGGUUAGGAUGUUAUAAGUCAGUCACAACAUUUUUGUGAAUGCUUUUUUAAAUAUUACCGAGGAUUCAUUAAAUUCUGAAACGGCAAAUGAUAUUUUUGCAAAUAUGUAGUUCACAAAACAGGGUUAUAAUCUUUUAUAGUCACAAUGUAAUAUUCUUUGUCAACAGAAUUUUCAGGGGGAAUAUCUAAAUUGUUUUUUUCAUUUAUACAAUUGUUAUACAUUUUAUACUUUUUUUUUUUCCUUGUCUCUUAAUCUGUUAGGACUGUUUCAGACAAUUUAGAAGAGACAACUGACAAAGGUGCUCACUUACAUAUGAAUCUUUAUGCAUCUGAAUGUGCUCACUAUGACAGUUAAAGCCAAAAUGGUAAAAUUGUAGAUAUUUUAUUUACUAUUUCAGAAUUCUACUCUGGUUUGUUAUGAAUAUACCAGUGAGCGAUAAAGCCUUGCUAUAGUUGAAAUUAAAUAAGAUAGUUUCAAUGUAGAUCUACCAAGAUUGCUACUUUUACCCUUAUUUCCCAGAUUGCAUCAGUUUCAUUCAGUAUGAUGUCUGGCUAGCUCAGCAUAGUAUACUAAAGAUAAGACCUAAGAACAUUGCCAAAAAGAUAACAAUAAAAACAUAUUGCUACAAAAAUUAACUGUCAAUACUAAGAUAAAAUGGGUUAUGCCAUUGAGAAAUCAAAGAAAAAUUGAUAAAUUGUCACAAUAAAACAUAACUACAUUGUAAUUAUAAAAGUAAGAUAGCAGCUUAUGAUUGGAAAGUCGGUUACAAAAUAUUUCAUUUUUUUUUUCAUUUUAUGAUUAUUUUUUAGUUAAACUAUACAUGCCUUUAGAAUAGAUUAUUGUAUUAAAAAUGAUUAACUUUGUUAAUUUUAUGAUGAAAUAUGUUUUAUAUAUUAAAUUUAUAUUGUGAUGAACAUUUUGUUAUAUUAAGAUCAUAUAUAUUUCUACUCAAAUUAGAUCUACAUAUAGUUUUUGUUAUAAUUUACAAGAAUUUCAGGUACCACUAUGAUAACAAUCAGUGAAAUCUAUGAAUUAUUAUGUGAUUCUACUAAAAAUCUAUAUGUUAGUAUCAUAUAUAUGUUCUUAUAAUAUAUUUGUUAUUCUGAGAUUUAAAUUAUGGUGAUGUAUGAUAAAAAAACCUAGUCAUUGUUGACCUUUGUUUGCUUCUAAUACUUGUUGGUAGGUUAACUGUGGACUUGAUUACAGUAAUUGUUUUCUUUUUUUCAAGUUUGUUUUAGUUUUCUUUUCCCUUUUCACCCCUGUAAUGAGUAUUUUCAAGUUAUUUUGCUUGAAAGUUAAUUGUGCAAUAACAUAUUCAGGAAUAUAUACCUAAAUAUCUCUAUCGGUAUUAUCAAUCCUAGUCACAAACUACCUUUUUGUUAAGUUAAAAGAUGAGUUUUUGAUUUUGCAAAUACUUAUUCCUUAUAGUAAUAAUCCAGCAGACUUAUACCAUGACACUCAAAAAUAUUGAUGAAUUUUGCAUAAUAUUCAAGUUCAGCAUAUUAUUUUUUGUUGGCUUUGUUUAUAUACAUGUGAAAUAAAAACAUUUGAUAUAUUUACUUUGUAAAGAAAAAAAGGUUAAUGUGGUAUUUGUAGUAAACUUAUUUAGAAAGUUAUCAGACAGACACAUAUCAAAUAUUCUGGUUUUUCAGAUUGUUGUACAACUUUUUUUUAAUGAUAUUUGUAUUUAUUCUCAUGAAAUUUUAUAUCCAACAAGCAUCAUCUGAAAUUUAAUAAAUUAAGCUCAAUUUGCUCUUAAAAAUUAUUUGUUAUUAACAUGUGAGAGCAGAUUUUCUGUUUUGCUAGUUUACUGAGAAUUUAUUUGGAUAAACAUUUCCCUAAGCUAUCAGUCAUUAUGAUAGGUAAGAUGUAAUGGUAAAAUUCAUUGUAUCCCAAUACUUACAUGUUAAAUUAAGUAAAAUUAGGUGACCAAUUAACUAAUAAUUAAACCAAUAAAAACUAUUUUCAUUCAUAAUACUUAAAAAGAGAGAGUUACAUUUAGUGAUAAUAUACCUCAAAUAGGACAGGUACAUGUGAGUACUCAAUGUUAUUUCACUUAUGUCAAGAGGUAAGAUCAUACUGCAGUUAUCAUUAUUAUGUAAGUAAACUAUUACAUGUACUGUUACAAUUAUUCAUUGGAAACCAAUUUUUGAGGAUUUCGUGGGAACAGGUGAACCACGAAUUUGAUCGUUCAACGAAUUGUAAAUGUUCUAUAGGGUUGUAUGCAGACUUUGGCAAAACCAUGAAAUCAAAUAUCCACGAAAUUGCAGGUUUUUCUCAAUCCACGAAAAUUGGUACCCACGAAAACAAAUGAAUCCACAGUAACAAUUAUUUUUAAUCAUCAUGUUACAAAUAACAGAGCUUUUACUGAUAUCUGUAUAGUAUUUCAAUGAUUAUUAUAACUUUAGUUGUAUAACAGCUGCUGUAUGAAGAGAUCACAUUUGAUAGAGAUUAAAAUGAUAGUUCAUUGUAGACUUGUGCAUGCAAUUGUAUCCUAUAUGAUUGAUAAGGUCAGAACAGUUAAUUAUUAUUAUAUACUAGAGGUUCACUAAAUAACAAUCCCUAUUAUUAUAUAAGGAAUUAUUUGUUGGGUUUAUAUAUCUUUAUUUAGUCAUAUUUUGUUUUGUUUUUGUUUUGUUUUAUAGAUACUACCAGUUAACAUUACAUAUACACUUAAUGUCUAUUGUAAUAUUGAUAUAUUGCAUGAAUUAUAUAGAUACUACCAGUUAACAUUACAUAUACACUUAAUGUCUAUUGUAAUAUUGAUAUAUUGCAUGAAUUAUAUAGAUACUACCAGUUAACAUUACAUAUACACUUAAUGUCUAUUGUAAUAUUGAUAUAUUGCAUGAAUUAUAUAGAUACUACCAGUUAACAUUACAUAUACACUUAAUGUCUAUUGUAAUAUUGAUAUAUUGCAUGAAUUAUAUAGAUACUACCAGUUAACAUUACAUAUACACUUAAUGUCUAUUGUAAUAUUGAUAUAUUGCAUGAAUUAUAUAGAUACUACCAGUUAACAUUACAUAUACACUUAAUGUGUAUUGUAAUAUUGAUAUAUUGCAUGAAUUAUAUAGAUACUACCAGUUAACAUUACAUAUACACUUAAUGUCUAUUGUAAUAUUGAUAUAUUGCAUGAAUUAUAUAGAUACUACCAGUUAACAUUACAUAUACACUUAAUGUCUAUUGUAAUAUUGAUAUAUUGCAUGAAUUAUAUAGAUACUACCAGUUAACAUUACAUAUACACUUAAUGUCUAUUGUAAUAUUGAUAUAUUGCAUGAAUUAUAUAGAUAUUACCAGUUAACAUUACAUAUACACUUAAUGUCUAUUGUAAUAUUGAUAUAUUGCAUGAAUUAUAUAGAUACUACCAGUUAACAUUACAUAUACACUUAAUGUCUAUUGUAAUAUUGAUAUAUUGCAUGAAUUAUAUACAAUAAACAGAAUGCACUUUG